UCCAGCACCAGCGGCGGCAGCAGCAGCAGCAGCCCCGUGUGCGUGGGCAGCAGAGGGCUGCCCUUCCCCUGCCCUUCCCCUGCCCUUGCUACUGCCGGCCAUGGGGGUCUUUCCAAGGGGACAGAGACCCCGGCGAGGGGGUGCCGAAGGGACCUGGUUGGCGGCGCUCCUCGCCCUCGUGCUGUGCGACUCGCUGUGGCCACGGCUCGCCCGCUGCGAGGCCAAGGACGUGUGUCUGGGUCUCAACGAGCAGCAGUACUACUGCGAGAGUGGCCACUGCUGCGGAGACAACGGCUGCUGCACCUACUACUACGAGCUGUGGUGGUUCUGGCUGCUGUGGACGCUGGUCGUGGUGCUGAGCUGCUGCUGCGCCUACCGGCACCGGCGCUCGAAGCUGCGCUCACACCAGCGCGCCAGGCAGCGUCGCAUCGACAUGCUCGCCUACCGGGGGGCCUGCAACUACCCGGGCCCCCCACUCGACAUACGCCUCAUGGCCGUAUGCAACCUGCCGCCCUACGAGGAGGCCAUCCUGACCCAGGCCGACACGUCACCGCCGCCCCCCUACAGCGAACUGGGCCCCCAGCAGGAGGGGGGGCUCGAUGUGGGCCCCCCCCCCACGGCCAGCUCCGACUCCAGCCUGGGGGGGGCCAUGGUCAUACUUCACCGUGCAGACAGCUCCCCCGAACCCCACACGGACCCCAGCGACUACCGCCCCUCUGCUUCCCCUUCUCCUCCUCCCGCCCCUCCGCCGCCUUCUCCUCCUUCUUCUCCGGCCGCCACCACCGCCACUUGGAGCGCGACCUCCGAGGAUGAUGAGGGGGGCUGUGAGCCCCCGGCGGCGAUGAGGGCUCCGCAGGAGGAGGAGCACGGCGGGCAGGGUGCAGGACAAGGUGCUGGCGGAGAAGUGUGCGGCGUGGAGCCGAGCCGCGAUAAGGAAGUAGCAGUGACCCUGACCUCGACCCCGACCCCAGCCUCAACCCCAAACCCGAGCGUGACCCCGAGCGUGACCCCGAGCGUGACCCCGAGCGUGACCCCGGGCGUGACCCCGAGCGUGACCCCGAGCGUGACCCAAAGCGUGACCCAAAGCGUGACCCCAAGGCCCGGUUCCGGCAAGAAGCGAGCGCGCUUCUAUCCUCGUCUCGACGUCACUGUGGAGAUCACCGAUGGACAGGAGAGCAGGACCACGACACACCAGGAGGAACCGCCUGGUAACCAUGGCAAUGGCGAUGAUCGUGAUGACGGAGGAGGGGGAGAGUUUGGGUGUGGUGACGACGACGAUGAUGGUGAAGAAACGGAUCAUUUUCGUCACCGCCGACUGACCGGAGAUUCUGGGAUCGACGUGCGACCUCCUGACCCUGUGUGUGACGAUGAUGAUGGUGACGACGAGGUCAUGGAGAAGGAUAAAGAGGUGGCACUCGUCCAUGGGAGACUCGCCGCAGAGCUGGGCGCCAAGGUCCACAAUGGGGGGCAGGCGAGCGCCUCCCAAAGCAGCCAGCUGGCGAGGACCCCUUGACAGCCCCCCACCAAUGAUAAGCCGGUCCUGCGCCAACUCUUGGGCUGCAGGGCCUCCCACAAAACCUGACCUGGGCCUUGCAAUCGGAAGGUUGCAAGUUCAAACCCUGGCUGGGAUUCUAAUCUCGUGCGGGGGCCGUGCCGCCGCGUGCUGUUUGGCACGAUGUCCGACGUGCCGCUCUACGUGCCGAAUUAAUGAUCGCUGGCGUUCUCCCUCGAGUAUUCGCCGUCGCGAGUUCUCGACCCCGAUCGCUCGGUCCGGGCCACGGAACGCUCGGGGCUCCCGAAGCUGCUCCCGGCACGUGGAGCGGAACGUCGGACGACGUGCCCGACAACGCGUAGCGGCACGAUCCUCGGAAACGCGGAGAGGAGUGGGGGGUGAACUGCGGGCUGCGGUCACCCACUCCUGCCUCCACCCCCCGACCCCCCCACACUCGCAGCCCCUCCCCGUGAAAUGC